UGCAUGGUAUAGUGUUACCAGAUUUUACGAGGAGAUUAUAAUUCAUCCAAUUGCUCUCUCGUAACCAUCAAAAUACCGGUAUUCCUCAGAAUGAAAAUGUUUAUCUUCGCUUUUGCUGUGGUUUUAUCUGCUUCGUCUCUAGUGCACGCAGUAAAGAAAUGCGAAAAGAUAGAUGCUUGCAGAUGUUCCACGGAUGAAGGAGAACUAAAUAUUUGGAGCGUUGCAGGACAGAAAACAAACGGAGCGAGAUUCAACAUCUCAGCAUCCGGUCCCGCUCAAAAGUCGACCUUCUAUCUGUGGAACCCCUGUAGCCCGAGGACCGAGCAGGGCCACCCCUGCCAGGAUUCAUCAGUUUGUCAAGUUAGCCAGAUAACACUUUCUGACGUGUCACGCAAGAACAUUGGAGAACGCGAUCUCUCGGACUGCGUCCUUGACGAGAACAGUGGACAAUGUAUGUUGACUUAUGGAAUCACGGGGAACAACCGAAUGAAAACAUCGAUUUCCCUGGUGUGUAGUGAAACAGAAGUUGGAAAAGUCGACCCCAUGAGCGUCAAUGGCUCGUCCUAUCACACCUCCCUGCACAGCAUGUGCGCAUGUCCAGGAAGAUGUCUGCUCGAUGCCAAAGAGGAUGCCGGGAUUCGGUUUGAUUCGUCAAAUGUAGGCGGGAGUGGAUUGAGUGUUGGUGCUAUCGUAGGAAUAGCAAUUGCAGGUGUCAUCUUCCUAAUCAUUUUGCUUUUUGCAAUUUUUAUUUGCUGCCUGCGCCGCAAGCUUCCCUCUGGUAUUCCCAAGCCAUCUGUCUGUACUACGGUGAAGGUUGGACUGAAGAUGAUCAAGAAGAAACUAUGUCCAUGCUGCUAAAGAAGGGAGAGAGAAACGUGUUCCCAACUGAUCUAAACCAGAGAUGCGUUCGAGCUGACCGAAUGGGAUUUUUGAACGACUAUUAGAGGUCAAGAAUAUACCAGCACUUUUUUUCCUUUUCAAAUCCUGACAUCCGUAUAAGGCGAAGGAAACUUUGGAUCACCCCCCC